AGAAAAUAAACAGGAAGGUCGACGUACGCUCACAUAAAGACCGGUCCAGCACAAUCGGCUGUCCUUGUAGUCAACUUUCUGUGAAUGCUUAUGAACGGAGUUUGCAUAGAAAUCCUGACAUGUGUCUUAACAAAGAAUUAAACCUUGUGGAAAACGAUUUCGGACAGUGAGUCAGCAGUUGCGCAGGUGUUUCGUUCUGGCUGUGUUUCACAACUGUUAUCAUGUUGUGAAGGUAGGGGCCAGUCGAACGAGUUGUACGUGGAAGCUUUUCAGGCGGACCAAAACUGGAAUAGCGCUAUCGUUACUAAAGCAACUACGGGCAACGAAAACUAUGGAAGACUGUAAACCGCCAGUGUUUACGUUUGGAAUAAUAGCUGACAUUCAAUAUGCUGACAUAGACGAUGGGUUAAAUUUUAAACAGACACGGAAACGGUACUACAGAAAUAGUCUCAGGUUAUUACAAAAAGCGAACGAGGGCUGGGAUGAGGAAAAAGUGAAACCUAGUUUCAUUCUGCAACUUGGGGAUAUAAUCGAUGGAUUUAACAAAAAGUAUGACGCCUCUCAACGUGCACUGGAUACAGUUGUAAGAGUAUUCGACCAUAGCCCGGCAGUGCAUCACGUUUGGGGAAAUCAUGAAUUUUAUAAUUUCACCAGAGGCGCGCUUCUGUCCUCUGUCCUUAACAGCAGCACCAACCAGCAGAGCGUCUCUGAUGCUGACGAGUUUUACGCAUACCAUUUUAGCCCCACCCACAACUUUCGAUUUGUUGUACUUGAUGCUUAUGAUAUGAGCAUCAUAGGCCGCGAGCAGUCAAGUGAAAAGUACGAGCAGUCACUGAAACUUCUGAAAGACCAUAACACCAAUGAGGACCUCAACCAUCCCCCAGUUUUCUCAGGACUGGAGCAGAGAUUUGUCAAAUUCAAUGGGGGAUUCAGCGAAGACCAGUUGAAGUGGCUGGACGGAGUGCUGAGUAAAGCAGACGAGGCGGAGGAAAAAGUUACAGUUGCCAGUCACCUGCCAGUACACCCAGACUCAACUGACCCCAUAUGCCUGUCCUGGAACUACAACGAGGUCCUCUCCAUCCUGCAGUCCCACAAGAGUGUUGUGUGCUUCAUGGCCGGACACGAUCAUGACGGAGGCUACCACAGGGACUGCUCUGGCAUCCACCACCUGACACUAGAGGGGGUCAUCGAAACCCCUCCGGAGAGCAACGCCUACGGCACUGUGCACGUGUAUGAGGACCGCAUGGUCCUCAAGGGGAACGGGAGGAUGUUGGACCGUGUGCUCGAAUAUCCUGGAAAUCUUUGAGGUUGCACGAUGAAGCGAUGUAUAAGGACUCUCUGAUGCAGACCUUAACAUGUUUGUGCAAUUACAUGACUUUCUAUUGAGGGUAACUUGGAACUUGGAAUCUCUGCUGGUUUUGGUCCUAUAUCUAUGAAACUUGUAAGCAAUGUAGUUUCUAACUCAGGACUUACAUUGUUAGUCAUAGUAAAAAUGGGGCAUUCUGAUCUGAUUUUUAUUCUCCAUUUGGGUAAAUUGUGGAUGCCCUGUAUGCAGAGACAGAAUCUUUUCAGGUAAAAGAUUACAUUCACAAAGUAAUUUAUUUAAUGAAAGUGGGUAAAGGAAAUCUUUACAAAUAUUGUUUACAAAAAAGUAUAGCCUACAAACCUUGAACACACAUGAAUUAGCAUGUUAUAUAUGUGUGUAUAUAUAUAUAUAUAUAUAUAUAUAUAUAUAUAUAUAUAUAUAUAUAUAUAUAUAUAUAUAUUGACCAUUAGGAAGACUGUGAUUAGUAUUGGAUAGCACAGCAUCAAGCACUUGAAUGUAAACGAAGGAGAAUACUCUUAUGUGAAUUAAUA